AGAAGUAGCAGGUCAGCCCAUAUGUUAAAGCAAGGGAAGGAGCGCAACAUUUUUGGUAGAGGCAGGCGUGUUUUCUUUCGUGAGGCUUGUUUGUUUCUUGUUUACAUGAAUUUCCGGGAAUGAAUAGGGCCGCGUUAAUCAGGUCUCAGGUCAAUCCUAUUUACCUAAGGGCCUCUCCUUUUCAUUCUUCCCCAAUCUUGGAACGCAGGAGACGCACACAUUGGGAUUCUGGAAAAAGUGCUUCUAAAGGCACAUCAAGGAUAUUGUUGCAGAAAUCAAUCUUCUCCAGAAGAUAUAGGAAGCUUAACUCAAGGCAGGCACUGUUUGAGAGUGUCAAUGGAUUUGCUGAGCAGUUUUUUCAGAGCUGGCAGCAUGACUGUGAUGAAUAUGACCCAUCUUCAAGCCGAGACAGUUCAUGGUUUAGACGAGAUUUCAGGGCCAGUGGACAAAAAGGGGGAAGAUCAAGGAACAAGGGACAACAUCAACAGAGAGGGUUUCAAUUCUUGGAGGAUGAUGAUAUCGAGAUAGAGACCUUCUUCCGUUCAGCAUUUGGUGGAAACAGAUACUACUACUGGUCAUUUAUUAAUGAAGAACCACAAUGGAGGAACUCAUCAAACUACUCUAACAAUCAUCGAUGGAAUUGGAGGCAUCAAUACUCCGACUAUGAUGAGUCAACAGGCUCUGACAAUUCAGAGUCAGAUUUGAGUUCAGAGCGUCUGACUCUUGGAUUGAAUGCACUUGGCCCUUUGAAUCUGGAAGACGUUAAGAAUGCAUAUCGUGUGUGCGCACUGAAAUGGCAUCCUGACCGCCACCAAGGCUCAUCUAAGGUUGUUGCAGAAGAGAAGUUCAAGGCCUGCAGUGCAGCAUAUCAAUGUUUGUGUGAUAAACUGGGAUUUAGUAAUGGAGCAGAUAGUGACACAUCCUAGAUUAUUGAAUGAUGAUUACUAAAUAGUCUCCUAGAGGACGUGAGAUAUACUAACCUAUCAAUAAAAGAGGCCCUUUAAUUAUAUUUGAAA